AGCGCGCUUUUUUUCAGAUUAUAUUCCUCUUUCACUUCAAGGCAAUACUGAAUGUACAUCAGACUAAAUACGCGUCUUUUGUGGAAAUAAAGCCAUAAAAUAAACAUUGAAACCGACGUAAAUAUAGGAGAAGAAAUCUGAAUCCGACUGGACUGAAAACAGCGAGACAACAAGCGAGGCCAUGCAGAAGAGAGGCCAGUGAGGAGGAUGACAACAGAAGAAUCGACAACGGCGAAGGAGGGAUGAGAAAGAGACUGAAAUAAGAUAAGGAAGUGGAACUCCAAAGUGCCUACUGCGAGGGGUCGUCUGCUGCUGUUAGGCUGCUGGAUGAGAGCAGGACGUGGCUCAGUGUGUGUUUGGCCUUGAAUGGAGGCUAUAUUUUAUCCUGACAGCCACAGAGUCAUCCAUCCCACGUUGCUGAGCUGCAGUCCCCACACAGCCUGAGCUGAGCCGCCACCUCGUCUCAUCACCGCAAGGACACCAACCCUUUAAGGUUCUGCUUUUUGUUUUUGCUCUACAGAAGUCUUCUUUCUCAGACGGUUAAGACGUAACUACAGCGACUGCCCCGGCCCUGGCCAUGUUGACGUGAACGUAACAGGGACUUACGGUGGGCGUCAGUCUGUUCAGGUGAAGGCCCUGACGCUCAGUGUCACAUGCCAGAGUGAUGUCCUUAGAGUAGCUCCUGUUUUUUCUUUUUUUUCUCAGAGACAGAGCUGGCCUCUGCUCAAAGUCUGCCCCCUCUAUCUCAAACUUCAGCUGCCACUUUUCCCAGGAAGAGCUAAUAAACAUCCCCUAAAAUACACCAACCAGAAGGACUGGCUCCGUAUUUGCCCUGAGGAAAAACAGAAAAUAUUUUUGCUUCUGUUUUGCUGGGGAUUUUUCUUGGAUCACUAUUAGUCACCCUUUGCUCCCAUCAGACAGUUUUCCGUCCAUCUGCCCUCAUCGCCGCUCCGUGUUUGUGAGCCAUUCUGAUGGCUGUCAGCAUGACCAUGGGACGGGACACCAAAUGGCUGACCCUGGAAGUGUGUCGUGAGUUUCAGAGAGGCACCUGCUCGCGGUCUGAUGCCGAGUGCAAGUUUGCUCACCCCUCCCGGAGCUGCCAUGUGGAGAACGGCCGAGUCAUCGCCUGCUUUGACUCACUGAAGGGGCGCUGCACCCGUGAGAACUGUAAAUACCUGCACCCCCCGCCACACCUGAAAACCCAGCUGGAGAUUAACGGGCGGAACAACCUGAUCCAGCAGAAGGCCACGGCAGCCAUGUUGGCUCAACAGAUGCAGUUCAUGCUGCCUGGAACGCAGUUGCAGCCCAUUACAACAUUCCCAAUGACGCCCUCCCUGGCAACAUGCCCCAGUAUGGCAUUCAGUCCAUAUCUGAGCCACAUGGGCCCAGGCAUGGGCUUGAUGCCUGAGCUGUUGCCCAGUACUCCCAUGCUGGUCCCUGGGAGUCCCACCGGCCUGGCAGCCAUGGGCAACGGCACCUCCGCACAAAAACAUGUGCGCACAGACAAGCUGGAGGUUUGUCGUGAAUUCCAGCGUGGUAAUUGCACGCGGGGCGAGAGCGACUGCCGCUACGCUCACCCUCUGGAGGCCGGCAUGGUGGACUGCAGUGAGAACUCUGUCAUCGUCUGCAUGGACUACAUAAAAGGCCGCUGCAGCCGAGACAAGUGCAAGUACUUCCAUCCGCCAGCUCACCUGCAGGCCAGGAUCAAGGCUGCACAGCACCAAGCAAGUCACAACACAGCGUCCGCAGGCUUGGUUCUGCCUCCAGGUGCCAUGCAGCAGCAACCAAAGAGGCAGAUCUUAGAGAAGAGCAACGGAGCUGCCGCCGCCGUCUUCAACCCCAGCAUGUUCCACUACCAGCAAGCGCUGGCUAACAUGCAGCUCCAGCAGCCAGCCUUCAUCUCCACUGUUCCCAUGAUGCACGGUGCCGCCACCUCCACUGUUUCGUCGGCUUCGACCCCGAUCACCAAUGUUCCUUUCGCUGAAUCCGCCGCCUCGAAUCAGUAGACCCAUCCGAGCUGCUGACUCCUGAUCCAGUGGAGCUCCAGUGCGUUCCCAUGGAAACCCAUUACUGUCCCGUCCCCAAACUGCUGGUGGCUGCUCCGGUGACCCUAAACUCAGUAAGCCUUUCCCGAAACCCCAGUUAAAGCCCCUAAAACCAUGUGCACUACCAGGGCGGUCAUCUUUUCUGAAUGCAGCAAAAAUGUGCCUCGCCUACAGCGCACACUGACACUGAGUGUGAAACUUCUUAUACGAUGUUAUGAACGUAAGAAAAGCUGCGAUGAUUCACGCAAUACAAGCCUGGACGUAUUACUGUUGCUUUACAGCAGCCAUCCUGAUGCAUACUGACUUGAUCAGGCUGAGCAAUAGAGCUCCCUCGUUCUUACAGCCAUACAUGCCCACACCUUAAAAGUGCAGCAGACAUGCACACACACACACACACACACACACACACACACACACACACACACACACACACACA